CAGUCUUAAAGCUCCGGGAGCCUUGAUUUCUUCGAUAGUAUGGGAAUUUACGGUUACUGUUAGUCAAUGGUGCCCUCGACAACAAUGCAAACCGAUCCGCUCGGCGCUUCGGCUGUCGGAGGACCGAACGUCUCCGGUUCGCAGACUGGCCACUCGUUCCAUUCGCCGAUGUCGGACGGUGAGAAAAUAUCUGCACGCAAGGCUCGCAAGGAGGCGGAACGGCAGAAGAAGGCGGCAAAAAAAUACGAGGAGCAACUAAAAAAGAUUCGUGGUCCGAAAAGCCAAAAGUUGCAGAUCAUCGACGAGAGCUUCCUAACGAAGUACCAGCACGUUCAAUCGUUGCCACCGGGGCCAACGCUAAAAACAAAGAAACGCUCGAAGAAAGCUCCCACCGAAGUGGUUCAGAUCAAUCUGUCCGAGGCAAUCCGCGAGCAACUCGCCGGCGGAGAGCGUGCUGAGCACAAACCGAUCGUUCCGAUCGUUCCGCAGCCGCCGCUGCUGGUACUGCACAAGGGCAAGCAACGGGAGGUGCCAAAGGAGAAAAAACCCACUCGACUGAAGAAGGAUAUAGUAAGGAGCCGAUCGGAGAAGGCGGCCAGCGUCGGCACCAACAACACAGAGUACUGCCCCGAAGCAGCGAAACCAGCCGGUGUUGGCAACUGCUCAGGCGGUGAAACAGUUUCGGAAACGAAACUAUUUACCGAGCCGCCGUUGGUCGACUCACCUUUUCUCAAGGCGAUCGAGCGCUGCUGCAUAAGCGACGGUCCGCCACCGAGCCGUGACUCCAGUGAAUACCAGAAUGGUUUUCCAACACUUCGAGCGUCCAUGGCACCGAAACCGGGAACCCUCAGGCAUUCGAGAAACUUUCGACCAUACUGCGAUCACCUCAUUACGGACGAUCUUCGUGAACUCGCCGAGCGGGUGGUGGUUAAAGUGUUUCAGUUCCAAUCGAAAGCGUAUGCGAAAAAUCCCAUUAAAGCAGUCAGUAGCAAGCGGUUCGUGGUGGGAUUCAACGAAGUUCUCAAACACCUCGAGCUACGCAAGGUGCGCUUGGUGUUGAUUGCACCGGAUCUCGAACCGAACGACGCGAUCGACCAGUUGGUCGGCAACAUGAAGGUUCUGUGUCGCCAGAGCCAAGUGCCAUAUUUAUUCGCUCUCAAGCGCAGAAAGAUCGGUUUCCAUUUGCUGAAAAAGGCACCGAUCAGCUGCGUUGGUAUGCUGAGCUAUGCGGGUUGCGAGGACACCGUUAAGCAAAUGUUGGAGAUCGUGGAAGAGGAACGGGCGAACUAUCGCACCCAAAUGGGAACAGUGGCAUGAAACAGUCCCGCAACGAACAUCCAGCAACAUUACUCUAGUCAUUCCAUGGACGUGCAUUUAGUGUGUAGGUCUUAGCACAGCCCAAGCCUCUGCUCCAUCCGGAAGGUGAAAUUUUCUAGUCUCAAGUCAAGUACUGCUACAAGCAUGUCUAUCAUCUUAUCAAUGUGAGUGUUAUUGGGCAAAUUGGUGACAAAC